UCUACGCAUAUAUAAACAAUAGCUAGAUCCUAAUCCUGUAAUCCUAACUUAACAACGAUGUCACCACUAUUCUAGGAAUCACAGUUUUACCAGGUGUCUUCUCACCAAAUCUUUAAACAUGGAAAAAGUCAUGAUGGAAAUCGCAUUGACCUUAGACUUGCUGUUCGUAUUAAUUAAAAACAUAUCAUAGCUUAUUAUUUACCUUGGGUAUUUAUGAAUAAGGUCUCCCGACCAUGAUCUAAUGCUGAAUGCUACGAAUUUCAUCGUAUAAAUACCGUACGUACCUGAGCAACAGCCGCAUUAACCCCGCCAUUCACCGCUACGAUCUCCAUUCUUGGUUUCUAGGCACCGGCGACCUUGUGUCAACUUAGUUAUUGUAGAGUUAUGAAAUAAAAGGGGCUCUUUAUAUAAAAUUUAAAGUAUUUUCAAUAAUCCAUUUCAUCUGUCUUGAUAUUGGGUAGUCACAGUACAAGCGCCAUGUCAUCCUUUAUCUCCCUCGAUCUCUCAUACGAGGGUGACUCAGAUAUGGACAAGAAAAUCGGUGCUACACUACAGGGCCUUGUUAACGACACGGAAUCCCCUGAGUCUGCGGCGAAGAUAAUCCAUGGAAUGAUUAUUGACGACUGCCGUGACGCUUACACUUCUUACAAUUCGGUAUCAAAUCCGACAGCAGAACAGAUAGAAUCUGGCACCGUCCGUACCCCUAACCCCGGUGGAUGGAUGGGAUACCUCUGGGAUUGCCUAGGAAGAGCAGCUAUGAGAGUACCUGCUGACCAUAAAGGUCAAGACAGACUUGUAGGUCUGCUCCAGGAACUCCAGCAAUUACCUAAGAGCCCUGUCCCCGAGUUCGUUGCUGGAGAGAUGAGGGAAACCAUACUCUGGAAUAUCACAAAAGAGACUCAGUAUGAAGGCCUUACUCAGUGGCUUUGGGAUCUUGACCAAGGCAACUUUAACGGUGCGCACCAGGUAGAGAGCGACCCAAAUGCUGCUACUGCCUAUACCAACUUCUCUGCUUUCCUGGCACGCCUAUUAGCGUCCGGUGUAGCGGACACGAACACCCUAAGCGCACUACGGCGACCAUCGCCCUUCGCAACAAGUCAUCAAGACCAUAUCUUACAAGACUUGCCUCACCACGAACCUUACGCAGCUGCAGCGGCCCAGUGGAUUAUCUAUGCUGGAGAUGUACUCUUCGAGCUAUGUGAAAAGCGCAUACUCGUCGAGGUCGGGGGUUUGAGAUACAGUCGGGCUUUGUGGCAUGUAUGGAGCGUUAAAUUUAAAGUUUUUGCCGAGAGCAAUGAGUCUAGCACUGAGGUUCGAGAGUUCGCUAGGCAGGCAGUGCAUAAGAUAGACCAGUGUAAGAGGGAUGGUAUUAAUCCGGAGAAGAGCGUGAUUGAGAAGUUUGGUUAUAUACGUCCGGAGGAGAACUAGUAUUAUGAAUAUGAACCAGUUUUGUGCCCAUCAUUUUUCAUUCUAUGUCUAUUCCUCAUCUUCACGUCAAACCGUUAUGAGCCCCUUUCUAUAUCUAGACGUCGAAGGAACCCAUAUAAUAUCAUCAAAAUCCACGUGGAAUGAUUUAACCAACGCACUAUUGCACUAUCGAACCACCGUUACCUCCACGUCUAACUUAGAGACCUAUUGCCCCUAUUACCCCUAUUACGCCCCACUUCUCGCACGUCCCCGUGAAAACAUCAUGCGACCAGAAGUGUUGAAUAUGCAAACCCCUUUAGUGGUCUCGAACAAAGGGGUGUGCGAUUGGACCGAUGCGGUAGCGGCCCUUAAUUUCUCUUCCGAUUGAGACUCUUGAAUUGUCGCUUCAGCACAUCGACGAGCUUACCUAGAGCACCGAAGACAUAACCAAGUCCGAAGCUCCAGUUGCGAAUUCGCACCGUGUAGAUGAAGAAGUAUACGAGAGCCCAAUUAGAAAUGCAGAAGGCUAGGAAUAUGCCGAAGU